ACAUCCAAGUCGUCUAUUGACCUCAAUAUUAUAAUGAAGCCACCAUCUACCUCGCAAUGAACAUUGAAAAAGCGGAAGAUUAAUACUUCAGAUUCUCGUCGUCGGAACCUCCUGUCCCAAGUUCAGCGCGAUGACUGGAACCAGGAAAAUGCAAAGCCACGUGGAAUUUUGUGGUUCGAAAAUCCAACCGCACCAAGUUCAUUUUGGACUUCAAAGCUUUACCUCCUCCCUCCCUCCACAUCGUACCGUCCUGCGCUACACACGCUUCUUCAUCUCUUGGGUUGUCUUAUUGUUACAUCUGGUCUACGACCCGAACGGGUGCUAUGUCUGAAAUUUUGCUGGUCUUAUUUCUCCAGCUGUCUUUUCUUACGCUUUGCGUUUUGGAAGAAUCUCUUGAGACUUCGUCUAUACUAAAGUCACCCAUACUAUCGGAUGUUAUUACUCUUUCCCUGGAUGUCACUAUCUCUCUCUGUCGAAUUUCCGCUCGUUUUCUGUCAUGCUUUGGAUUUUGCAAUGUUUCAAGCUUGACUCACGCUCGGCUAUCUUAUUUAUCCCAUCUCCGUGAAAUGGGUAUCUGCCUUGAUUCUCUAGUUAACGUUACUGUCCAUUCUCUUCCCGCGGACAAUCUCUCUUCCCGAGAAGAACGAACCAGACUCCAGAAUCAACUUGCACGCGCGCAUAGCAAGCUGUCCCAGGCUCAAAGCGAUCUAUCGAAAUUGCGCCGAACCUAUUCUGCCUUGGAAACCAACCUCGCUGGCAUACGCUCAGAGCACUCCAUGUUGUUGGAGACUGUUGAAGCGCUUCGCAAUACUGGCGGAAACGUUUCUGUGGUCUCGGGUGUAAAACAUACGGAAAAACUCAGUCUUUGCAAUAACUUGACGAACCGAGGACUGCAGCUCCAAAACAUGGAAUAUCAGACGGCUACCACUGUGGGCGAAAGUGGUCACUUCUGUGACUCUUCGAAAAGAUGCAAUAAUCCUUUUAUGAAGUCACAAGCCCCUUGCUCUUCCCUGACUGCUGAACAGGACAACGUUCAAUGUAUGCACCAGGCACAAAUACUCGACUACAAGAAGAAAGCUGUUAGCUUCCGUCAGCACUUUGUACAACGUGACGCCAAGCAUAUACGGGUCAUUCACCAGCUUUCGUUCUUCCUGCUCCUUCUCUGGCAAUGGUCCCAUGUUCUUCGAACUCGAUCGACGCAUGCAUCGACAACCCGGACGGCUGAUAUUCUUUGGAAACGCUUUGCUGACCAGAAACUGGAAGCUGGAAGAGAGCGCAUGCGUGCGCUAGUCGAGAACAUUGAGCUCAAGGAUCAACUGCUUAAGGAAGUCGAGAUUCAUCAGGAUGAUGCGCUGGUUCACAGGUAUCAUCGUGGAGAGUAUCGUCUGGCUCUUCGACUCUGUCAAGAAGCCUCUACCAAGUUCCGCAAGUAUCGAAGAUACGCUCUCGGUAGAUAUUCUCAAACUGUGACUCGACUUUUGGCUGGGUUACUAGUGCUCUGGCGAUUCAAUAUGGUUCUUGCUAGGGAGCUGACUGAAGCUAAAGCUAUGAUUCGUGCUCUCGAAACUACUGCUGCCGAUACUUCUUCUGCGGAACCUUCUUCUGACGACCCCAACGAAUACGACCAUAUCCCUUCCGCCGCAUUUUCCCGUUUGCCGCGUAUCGAAGCCGCAGCUGUCUAUGUCAACCUCUGUCGCAAGUAUGAUCAUGUUCAAGCGGACUACCACCGAUUCGUAGAAAGUUGCACUCAGGCGUCGGCGUCGAAAGUCAAAGUUGGCGCAUCUGAAGAGCUCACUUCUUCCCUCCAGGAGCUCCAGACGGCGUACGAGAACUUGAUUUCCGAACACAGCGAGGCUCUGGAUUCUCUGGACAGGCUCAAGGCCGAGGUUGAAUCCAGGGACCAAUCGCUCAGCGACUUGCAGAAGCAAUCUAAGCAAUUGGAAGGACACCGCCGUUCACUUGAGGAAGAUCUUCAAACCGCUCGCGAACUGUUGCGAAUCUCGCAUGACCAAAGGAAAGAGGUCGAAGAACAACUGUCCGCAGUGCGAGAACGGAUAGAACAGGCCGCCCAAGACCUUUGCGCUAAGGACCAGGCAUACCAGGAUAAGGACGGGGAGCUCACAAGAACGAACGAAACUAUUUCCUAUUUGCAGAGUCGCGUUGAGGCGCUUGACGAGGAGAUGCAGGAUCUGUUGCGAAACUCGGAGAUGGAAGUUACGCGACUGCAGCAUAACUUCGAGGUUGCAGACCAGAAGUUCCACUCGUGCGAGGGUGACGUCGCCCGACUCCUUGGCCAGCUAACGGAUUCCGAGAACGCCAUUCGUGUGGCCGAUACGCAGAGACAGCAAGAUGAAGGUUUACUUCGAAAGGCUCAGGAUGUAGCCAAAUCUAAUGACGUGCAGAGGCAAAGGCUCGAGGCCCAAUGUCUGGAGGCGAACUACAAGUUGCGCGAGGCUGGAAAUACUGUCGACUCCCUGACCAAUCUGUUGGCUUCGUCGAAGAAGCGGAUCGUUGAGCUGGAGGCACUGAUGGAAAGUCUUUCGAAGGACUUGGACGUCUCUCGCGCCACCGCUCUCCACACUGCAACACGUGUCACAGAACUUGAGCAGCAGUUGCAGGAUUCCGAACGUAUACGACGGACCUUAUCCCAAGAACUAGAUGAGGCCUCUAGAGCUCAGACUGCUAUGACGAUGUCGCUAGCUGACUCAACAAUCAGGUAUUCCAGGCGCUCCGAGGCGGCUGAGGAGGCUUUGCCUUCGUCCAAGCACGAAUUCCUCACGUCGAGACUUGUCCGCUUGCAGGCUACGGUGCGAAAGCUGGAAGGCAUGGAUCGUUGGUAUCUUGAUGCACUCUUCCGAAAUCAAGAUCACUUCCAAGAUGCCCAGUUCCUCACUUCUGAAGGUGAUUCCUUCGCUGGCCAGGACCGUGUCACAUCUUCAUCUGCUGGACCGUCAUCCGGCGGCCUCUCAUCUACACGCUCGUCGGGUCCACCUAUCACAUCGACCUCUACUAAGUCUCAAUCUAAAAGACUAUCGGGUGGUGUACUCUGCGGGAUUCCCAGAUGGAAGAAGCGUACCCCUGUAACGCCAUUGCCAGAUACCCCCACUUCUAAGACCACCACUCGUCAACGUCAUCGCCGUCGGGCAAUCACUGAACCCGCAAGUAGCAUUAGGGAGGCGGGAGUUAAUGAACUUCAUGCGGCGUCUAGCCCGUCUGUAGUCCCAUUAGGAGGAGUACCAAACGUGGAGCGCAGGCGACCAACAGCUUAUGCCGCACCCACUCCGGGCGGUAUUAUUCUUAGACGCAGUGCAAGUUCGGUCAAUAUUGCAGAUGUGCUGCCAGAUGAUGACAUCGAUGUGUUUCGUCUAUGCCUUCGAGCUCCCCGAGGGGUACCUUCACAAACACCUGUGUUUACUGGUAUCCGCAAGGAUGUACGCAUUCAGCCCAAUGACUCUGGCAUGGGUCUCGGGGUCAGACCCUCCAGUAACAAACUUAUAAUGCCAAGAGGAAUACCACCUGGCUCGCAACCUUCUGUAUAGUUUUAUAAGCUGUGUCUUUGAUACGUUUUCUUUGUCAUGUCUACAUUACACGGACAUAACCAUCAUCUUUUCUAGCUAUGUAACUCACUUACAUUCCUUUCUUUUUGUAUCAACUUGUUUGAACGCUAGAAUGGAUAUUUUCCCAUAUAACCACAUUGGUAUGCUAGAAAGUGUUUAUUGAGAGGUUCCCCUUUUCACAAACCAACUUGUUUUCUCCCGCGCAACCAGAGUCACGAGAAUGAAGUUACUAAAAGUGA